GUAUUUGUGGUUAUUGUUGUAAUUUAAUAGUUUAGUUUGAAUGUCUCUUAUAUGAAAAGAGUUUUUCAAAAUUUUAUUGCUUCUAAUAAAUUUUGGAUAUUUUGGAAAAGUACAUCUCACUCUAUGCAAUGUAUAAUAAAAUAAGAAAUUAAAAUGAAGUAAAUUCUCUACAUGCACUAGGUUACAAAUAGGAUGUAAGGAUCUACAUCCAAGGAAUAAAAGAAGCAUUAAUUCAAAUCAUUCAGAAAAAAUUCCAGCAAUACUAAAUGUAAAGUUAACAAAAACGUUUCCCACAAAUUUGAGAUGUGCAAAAAUUUGAAGAAUUAGAUAUUUUUUAUUUAUUAGCAUUGAUUGAUAAAAUUUUUAGUAUAAAUUUGACCAUUUAGGAGUUAGUGCACAUUUAAACUUUCAUGAGCUCGAAGAGCGCUAUUCUCGAAAGAAGAACUCCUUAAUUGCAAAUUAUGGUUGUUAAAAAUGAAUUUAAUCAGGUGAUUAAUUUUGCCAGAUCGUGAUCUAUCCUCAAAUAAAUCCAAUCAAUCAAGAAAUUGAAAUUGUAAGAAAUCAAAAUCAACUCACUAAAACUGACAAUUGAAUUGCUCAAGCCUUAAAAUAGUUGAAAUAAUUUUAAUGUCAGGUCGUACUCUUAAAAAAAUUAUUUGAUAUUGUGAGUAUGAGAGGUCGGAUGAUCUUAUUUAGCACUUAUGAGCCAUAGCCACUACAAAAUAUUCGAGAAGAUCUAUCUGAUUUUCUUUUUAAUAAAUAGAUCUCAGUAUUUUUAAGAACCUGACCGUUUCGAGAUCUCAUAUCUCUUUCCGACCGUUCUCGCCAAAUUCAAAAUCCUAGACCAGUCCAACGGUCCGUUUCUCUUUCGGAUAGACGGCUCAGAUCCUCUUUAACGAUCCUUCUCUUUCCAUUUUUCUCUGCUCAGAACUCUCUGUGAGCUUUUCCUGCUAGUACCCGCAAGCAAACCUAAGUCGUUUCAAGAAACUCGCUUGGACGCAAAAAGAAAAAAAAAUCCCUUUUUUUACCCGAGUAAUAAAACCCGGAUCUGUACUUAGAAAUUGAUUUCUGAUCCUUCUUCGUUUUGUCUACUUCCAUUCUCAAUCUCAUAGAAACCAUUCUUCCAGUAAGAGAUCGGACCUAGGUCGUUAAAGAUUUAGCAUAUCAAUGCGGGAUCGUUCCCAUUACCCGCCAUUGCUUUAACAUACCUUUCAGUGGUUUGUCGCCAAAAUGCCAGUUUCUACUCGAUCGCAACUCUCCGGCGUGAGGCCCGGCCAACAAUGUCAAUCGCCCGGUCGCCGCAAUUCUUUUCUUCGAAAUCCCCACCAAGGCCUCAAGGAGAAAAUGAAAGCCCUUACCCUUCUAUACGAGCAGCACAGGCAGCCAUUAGCUCCAAGCCAUCACCCAAGCAUCGAGCUCCUCGAUUCAAAUCGCAAGAAAUCCGGAGAAGACCAAAAGAAAGAACAAGAAGAGGAAAGGAAAAACAGAGAUGCAACAACCGUAAUUCCGAGGAAAAAGACCAUUUUGUUCUCAAAAAUUGAAGCUAAGGAGAACAAAGAGCCGAAGAUCCUCGACAGGUUUGCAGGCUACUCCAUGCCAAGGAAGGUGGCAACAGCCACCAGAGCUGCGUCGAGAAGGACUUCGACGGGUUCGGUGUUGGAUGGUAGAGGCUUGAUGGGAAUCAAGAAGAUCAGAGAAGAGUUAGAGACCACCGGAGAUAUGGGGAGUCAGAUAAUGGUGUUUGUCCGGCUAAGGCCAAUGGGGAAAAAAGAGGACGAGACCGGAUCAAGGACCUGUGUUAGGAUUGUCAAUAAAAGAGAUGUGUAUCUAACUGAGUUUGCUUCGGAGACCGACUACCUUAGGCUCAAAAGAGUUCGAGGCCGCCAUUUCUGCUUUGAUGCCUCAUUCCCGGAGUCUACUUCGCAACAAGAAGUCUACUCAACCACAACCGCAGAGAUUGUGGAAGGUGUUCUUCGAGGAAGGAAUGGCUCAGUAUUUUGCUAUGGGGCAACUGGUGCGGGGAAGACAUACACAAUGCUUGGUACAAUAGAGAAUCCCGGUGUCAUGGUGUUGGCCAUAAAGGACCUCUUCUCAAAAAUUAGACAGAGAAGCUUUGAUGGAAAACACUCAGUGCUCCUCUCCUAUCUUGAGGUCUAUAAUGAGACUGUUAGAGACCUUCUGUCACCUGGGCGACCCCUUGUUCUCCGAGAAGAUAAACAGGGAAUCACAGCAGCUGGACUCACUCAGUACAGAGCUUAUUCAACCGAUGAAGUUAUGCAAUUGCUUCUGCAAGGAAAUCGAAACCGGACAACUGAGCCCACAAGAGUAAAUGAGACCUCCUCUAGAUCACAUGCUAUACUUCAAGUUGUUGCAGAAUAUCAAGUCAAAGACUCGGUUAAUGUGAUCACAAGGGUAGGCAAGUUGUCUCUUAUUGAUCUAGCUGGUUCAGAGAGAGCUCUUGCAACAGAUCUAAGAACUCAAAGAUCAAUUGAGGGGGCAAAUAUCAAUAGAUCCCUCCUUGCAUUGAGCAGCUGCAUCAAUGCACUUGUGGAGGGAAAGAAGCAUAUUCCAUACCGAAAUUCAAAGCUCACACAGCUUCUUAAGGACUCAUUGGGUGGACCAUGCAAUACAGUCAUGAUUGCUAAUAUCAGCCCCAGUAACCUCUCUUUCAAUGAGACGCAAAAUACCCUUCAUUGGGCUGAUCGUGCGAAGGAGAUAAGAAAUAAGGCAAGUUCAGUAGAUGAGGAAGCAGUGCAGCUCCCGGAGUUUGAAACUGAACAAACCAAACUCCUGCUUGAGUUACAGAAGCAAAAUAGUGAGCUAAGGCAACAAGCUGUGCGCCUCCAGGAGAAGCUCUUUAUUUCCCAAGCUCAUGCAUUAGUAUCAAACUCACCCCAGCAACCACCACCUACCUCCUCUCCUCUCAGCUCCACACCACACUCAACAAAUCGCAAGCACAAACGGUCUAUUCUCGGUGCUGGCAACUGCUUCAGCACACCAGAUUCCAUGAAAACAAGAACAGCUAAUGAAAGAAUAACCCAAGAUUUGCAAAAGAGAGUAAUUGAGUUGGAAACUGAGAUUGAAAGGCUUAAAAAGGAACAUGUUGUUCAGCUCAAGCAGAAGGAUGAUUUUAUUCGCGGAUUGAUUGCAAAACAAGGAGAAGGUAAAUGCAAGAGCAGGGUGGGAAAGAGAGCAAGCCUGCUUAAAGAGGAUUUAAAGAGCCCAAGCCAUCGGUUCACCUCUCCUCAGCCAAUUGCUAAGAAGAGGAGCUUCUGGGAUAUUAGUGCCGCUAAUAGUCCAUCGGUCAUUGCAGCUAAUGGAAGGAAGACUAGAAGUCAUGUAGCUCCACAGUCUCCUUCAGCUCCUUCAAUGCUUCUUCCGCUUGCAUAUCACUGUUUCUGGUUUGUGUUCAUGUUGGGACCGCAUGCUCUCAAUUACCUUCUCCAGCCAGGUUUUGCAUGGACAAAGCAGGAUAUGGCAUCAAGGCAUUGACUUGAGACGGAGAUGAAAAGAUUAUGAAAUGAUGGCAGAAUUUGGAUUUUAAAUGUGGAGAGGUCCGAAUGGUUUAUGAAUGAAUUCCCUCCAAACAAAACUAUGAAGGGUUUAUGCAAACCCAAUAGGGCGAGGGCCACUAUUUGAGCUUUUGGCAUGUAAUUCAAUGUCUAUUUUGAGAAGUUAAUAUCUUUUAUUUGCAUUACAAUUUGUAAUAUUUGCAAACUCUUGGAUUUCUCU